AUGGCAGCGGUACCCACUAUCGAUCUUACACUAGCUGACUCAGAUAAUGAAGACAUAUUCUAUUCCUUCUCAUCUUCUACAAGUAUGGAUAAUACAGACGUUAAAAAAGAAAACAUCAAAACAAAGAAAACGGGUGUAGAACCCUCACCGUUUGUUGGCAGUAUGAAACAACCACUUUCACAUCCUUACAAAGUGAGUCUAUCAAAAAGUAAGAAAUAUAAUAUUCUUUCGAAAAAUGAAACAAUUACAAACAAAGAUUUGAGUAUAGAAGGAAACACAAAGUCUUUCAACAUGGCAAACCGACAUAACGUUGUAAAGGGAGGGAUUGUGGUGUCACCUGAUGACAGUGAAGAAAAGAAAGACAGCAAUUUAAAUAAGCAAAUCACAGAGCUAUUUAGUGAGAACGAGUAUGCAAACUCAGCAAAAGACCAAGAGCAAAACGAAACAGAAAGAGAAAUGAUCCAAGAUAAAACGGAAAAAGAGGCGGUUGCCAACAUUCCAUCUUCAUAUUUCUCUAAAGAUUACAACGCUAGUGAAGAUGAUUUCGAGCCCAACUACAGCCAGAAUAGUACUUUCAAAUUCCAAAAUGAUCCGAACCCAAAUAUGGACACACAUCGUUUAAUAGAGGGGGAUAGAAACAUCAAAACGGAAGAUAAUUGUUUAAAGGAAGACGAAGAUCUAACGAAGGAAAUGGCAGCCGUGAACCACCAUGCCAUCCCUUUUGAAGCUGGCGCUAGUCCGAAACCUGAAGUUGAAAGCGACUUUAAAGACAUUACAACAAAAAUCUCUAAUAGUGAGCCAACUCUACCAUCACCAUCCUACGUAAUGCCUGAUGAAGAUAUAUUUAAAAACGGGACGGCCGGGGUAGACGAAAAUGCGACUGUUCGACUUCCAGGACUGCGAAGCGAUGUUCCUUCCCUUGAACAAGAAGAAAGUGAACUAUUCAAGCAUUUUAGUGAGCAACCUUUCAAUAUCAAAGAAGUUGAUUUUACAAACAAAAGAAAGUACAGUAGCGAUUUAGAGGAUAAAAAUACAGUCAAGAGGCCAAUAUUACCCCUAAGACACUUAGACGAUGGAACUCAUGAGGGUUCUGCUGCUGAGCAGGAGAAUAAUUCGAUCAUCAUACUUUCUGACGAGGAAGAACCCGAUGUCCCUAUGGAUGAUGUUCAACAUGACGUGAAACUUCCUGAAUUUACCACAGCAGAUAAAUUUGGUACUGUUAUGCCAGAAGUUAUAUCCUUACUUGACCUUCCUAACAUUAAUUUGGACAGUCCAUUCAUAAAAGGGGUCAGUGAUAGUGAUUCAGCGAUUACACCGGAAAAACAAACACCUAGAUCAAAUUCAUUUAUUCCCCAAAGAGACGUAAAGUCAGAGCAAGGCCCAGAAUCUUUUCACAAAGAAUAUAACUCACUUGAAACUUUGAAAAAAGAACAUCAGGUUUUAUUAAAGGAAUUGAAUUCUAAAGAAUCCGAAUUACGUAAUGCUCUUAAUUCGUCCAAGACGAACUCUGAGAUCUUAAGGAGAAAACUAACGAGAAGAGAAAAAGAAGUUUCAGAGGCUGAAAGACAUUGGCAACUUCUGUUGACGUUAAUGAAUAGGAGCGGUAGAACCAUUAGCUCGACCCAGCAAAUUCUAGUCGAUGAAGCUCAAAACCAGUUAAAUACAUCAAAGGAAAAAAGGCAAUUGACAAAAGCAAAGUUGGAUUCAAUCAAUAUGAAGAUGUAUAACUAUAAUGAACAGUGGAAAUCCUUUGUACACCUAAAAAAUUUAAAACUACAAAAAUCAUUGACCGCACUUGAACAAUCAAUUAGGGAAAAUGAAGCCUCUGAAACUGUAAACAAAAGAAGCGAACAUCUGGCUGAGAAGGAAAAGCUAGACCAGAUGCUAAAAGAAGGAACACUAAGCUUCAGUAAAUACAAGCAGUUAACGAGUGAAAUCCAGAAGAAGCUGAAUGACCUGAAUAUAGAAAAUCAACGCAAAAAAGAUAACAGUCAUGACACAUCAAUACUACAGCAGCCCCUGGCGAAGAGAGACUUAUUUAUAAAAUCUAUCGAUACCGCGAAAGAUUUAUUAGCAAAAAACACAUCCAGAACAGAAAUGACAAAACGAAUUCUUUAUAAACAUCUGGACAAUUUGAUUACCUAUAAAAACUUUUUUGAAGGGGGAAAAUCUUUAAUAGAUGUCAACAGAAGAAACAUCGCACGUGAAUCUGCUCAAGUGUUAUUUACCAAUGGUGUUAAAAUGCCAAUUGUUUUUGAAACUCUACAAGAUUACGGUAUCAAGUUUUCUAAUCCGUCACUUGUUAAUCCUGACAGAAGAGCCCAAUAUUUUAAAAGUAUUGAAGUUGCUCGCGACCUUAUUAUGAAGUCCAAUAGAUCGGAGGAUGCGAAGAGGAAGAUUACUCGAUUCUUAAAUAUUCUGGAAGAAUUCCGAAAGGAUAUAGACACGGGAUUUCCGCCGACACCCUUAAAGAGAGAAGGCGUUGGGAAAGCUGUCGUUGGGCUGAGACAACAAGGACUGAAAAUGGAAAAACUGUAUGAAAAUCUUAGGAAAUAUAAAGUUCCUUUAACAAAUGAAGAACUGCUACAGCAAAGCUAUUUAUUUCCAGCAAACGCUGGCCAACCUCUUCCUUCCAACUGGAACACUAUGGAAAAUGCAGAAAAUGAUAAUCCUGCAAAUAGUAAUAUUUCAACGCAAGAUGAAUUCCACAUUUCCAACAUGCAUGCGGCUGAAGAUCAAGAACAGAUUAGGGCUCUUUUAGAAAAUGUUAAACAAUCAGAAUCAAUUAUUGACGGUGAAGCACUUACUCCAGAAGACAUGACCGUGAACUUAUUAAAACACCAGAGGCUAGGUCUACAUUGGUUGUUACAAGUUGAAAGCUCUGCCAAGAAAGGUGGACUACUUGCUGAUGAUAUGGGUUUAGGUAAAACUAUUCAAGCCAUUGCACUGAUGCUGGAAAAUAGGUCAGAAGACCAUAAAUGCAGAACCAAUUUGAUUGUCGCACCAGUUUCUGUCUUAAGGGUUUGGAAAGGUGAAAUAGAAACGAAAGUGAAAAAGCGUGCAAAAUUUAACACGUUUAUUUUUGGAGGAGCCGGAAAUGGAAAAGUAAAGCAUUGGAAAGAUUUGGCCAGAUAUGAUGCCGUCUUGGUAUCUUAUCAAACGUUGGCAAACGAAUUUAAGAAGCACUGGCCAGAAAAGUUAGGUGGUGAACAAAAGCAGUUACCACCCGUGCCUCAAAUUCAGGCAUUAAAUGCAUUAAAGACUCGAAAUGAGUACUACUCUCCGUUUUACUGUAAUGACUCGAUGUUUUACAGAGUUUUAUUGGAUGAAGGCCAAAACAUUAAAAACAAAAAUACAAGAGCGUCUAAAGCAUGCUGCACUAUAAACAGUAUGUAUAGAUGGAUUCUGUCCGGUACACCCAUUCAAAAUAGUAUGGAUGAACUGUACUCCUUAAUAAGAUUUUUAAGGAUCCCACCUUAUCACAAAGAGCAACGGUUUAAAUUAGAUAUCGGAAGGUUCUUCCAAAAGAAUAAGCAAUACGAAUAUGACAAUGAGGAUAGAAAAAACGCACUAAAAAAGGUCAGGGUUUUAUUAAACGCCAUCAUGCUUCGCCGUUCUAAGGCUGAUAAAAUCGACGGCGAACCUCUCCUAGAGCUUCCGCCUAAAAUCGUAGAGAUAGAUGAAUCGCAGCUGAAGGGCGGAGAACUAGAAUUCUACACAGCUUUAGAAUCAAAGAAUCAAGUAUUGGCCAAAAGAUUGCUAAAUAAUUCUGCUAGGGGUAGUUAUUCCGGUGUUCUUACGUUGCUGUUACGCCUAAGGCAAGCUUGCUGUCAUUCAGAAUUAGUCGUCAUGGGUGAAAAAAAGGCAGAAGGUACAAAGGUAGCGAAUGGGAAAAGCUUUGAAAACGACUGGCUCAGACUCUACUUUAAAAUCGGUCAUAUGAGCGAGGAUGCACAGGCUCAAGUAAUCACCUCGAUGGAUUCUAUGACUUGUUUCUGGUGUAUGGAGCAAUUAGAACCAGAAGCCAUGUCUAUUUUGACAGGAUGUGGUCAUUUAAUUUGCGAUGCUUGCAUUGAACCGUUUAUCGAAGAGUCGUCUAUGUUACCUCAGGCAAAGAAAGCUAAAGGUGGAGCUUUGGUACUUCCCUGCAAAGAUUGCCAACGUUUAACAAAUGAAAAAGAGAUUGUUUCACAUAAACUAUAUGACCAGGUAAUAAACCAAGGAUUCACUAGGGAGGAUUUACAUGCCGAGUACUUAAGCGAAAUGGAGAGACAAAAAUUACAACAGAAGAACGUGUAUGUGCCAGAUUUCGAGAAGUUGGAACCGUCAACGAAAAUAGAACAAUGUAUGGAAGUUAUCCAAAGAGUUUUCGAUGAGUCGCCAACUGAAAAAAUUAUCAUUUUCUCUCAGUUUACAACUUUUUUUGAAAUUCUUGAACAUUUUCUGAGAAACAGACUACAUAUUCCAUAUUUGAAAUAUAUUGGAUCUAUGAAUGCACAGAGAAGAUCAGAUGUUAUCAACGAGUUUUACCGUGACCCAGAAAAGAGGGUACUUCUCAUUUCAAUGAAAGCUGGUAAUUCAGGGCUCACGUUGACAUGCGCGAACCAUGUGGUAAUUGUUGACCCAUUUUGGAAUCCCUACGUCGAAGAGCAGGCUCAAGAUCGUUGUUAUAGAAUCAGUCAAACGAAGAAGGUUCAGGUUCAUAAGCUUUUCAUCAAAAAUUCUGUCGAGGAUCGUAUUGCUGAAUUACAGAAGAGGAAAAAGGAAAUGGUCGAUUCUGCCAUGGAUCCAGGUAAAAUAAAAGAAGUGAACAGUUUAGGCCGUCGGGAAUUAGGUUUUUUGUUUGGUUUGAACGGUUUGUAA